AUGCUUAUCAAGGGCCGAAGGACACUUGCCUGUGCGCCCACCAAUACUGCUGUGUUGGAAAUUGCGGUUCGAAUUGCCAAGCUAGUUGCAGAAUCUUCAGAUGGUGGUGUCUUCCUGAAUGACAUUGUUCUGUUUGGAAACAAAAAGAAGAUGAAGAUAGAUGAUGACUAUUAUCUUUCAAAGGUGUAUGUUAACUCUCGUGCUGAGCGGUUGUUGCCAUGCUUUUUGCCAAGCAAAGGCUGGAGGCACUGUGUAUGUGGGCUGCUUAAGAAAUCUGAAAAUAUGAUUCCUCUGGAGCUGCUGAUCAUUGACGAGGCUGCACAGCUGAAAGAGUGUGAAACGUUAAUUCCUUUGCAGCUGCCUGGCAUUAGGCAUGCUGUUUUCAUAGGCGAUGAGUAUCAGUUACCUGCACUUGUGAAGAGCAAAAUAUCUGAUGCUGCUAAUUUUGGACGAAGUGUUUUUGAGAGGUUAAGUUCCCUAGGCUAUAGUAAGCACCUUCUCAAUAUCCAGUACAGGAUGCAUUCAGAAAUAAGCAAGUUUCCAGUUGGUACAUUUUAUGAUGGCAAGAUUUCUGAUGGCCCCAAUGUCAGUCAUAAAUACUACAACAAGAGGUUUUUAGCAGGAAAAUUGUUUAGGCCAUAUUCAUUUAUAAAUGUUGAUGGCCAUGAAACGUGUGAAAAGCACGGCCUGAGCCUGAAAAACUCAAUAGAAGUUGCUGCUAUUGUGCUGAUAGUGCGGAGAUUGUUCAAAGAGACAGUUUCUACAGGAAGCAAGCUCUCUGUUGGCGUUGUGCCCCCAUACAAUGCUCAAGUUAGAGCUAUCCAGGAAAAAGUUGAGAAAGCUUACAGUAGGAGUGAUGGUUUCUUGGUGAAAGUAAAAUCCGUAGAUGGUUUCCAAGGUGCGGAGGAAGAUAUCAUUAUCAUAUCAACAGUCAGGAGCAAUGGAGCUGGUUCUGUUGGGUUCCUCUCAAACUUACAAAGGACAAAUGUGGCUCUGACAAGGGCCAAGUAA